AUGGAUAUCGACGACAUCUUGCGCGAAGUCGACCCGACCGAAAAUGCCAUUCCCGACGAGACGCGCGAUCUCCAAAUGUUAACGCGCGCCUGGGUGGCCGAAAGAUCAGCCCCAGAGUUACUCAGUUGGCCGACCGAUGGCCUCUUUGAGCGCGUCAACGAGCGCAUCAAGUCGCAAAUCGAGCGCAUCGAAGAAAUGACGGGCGACAUGGACCCCAAGACCAACUUUGCCCUCAUUGUGCUCCAGACGGAGCUGGAGCGGUUCAAGUUCCUCGUGCGCUCGUAUUUGCGCGCCCGCGUCGCAAAGAUUGACCGCCACCCGCUGCACUACCUGUCGUCGGCGUCCCUGCGCGCCCGCCUCUCGCCCACCGAGCUCGCCUACGCUACCCGCCACCAGGCCCUGCUGCACAAUCACUACCUGUCCAGUUUCCUCGGCAGUUUCCCGCCCAAUCUACAGAAUCUAAACGACACGAGCGGCAACAUCACCAUGAUUGAUGCCCCUGACCUCGAGGGCGCCGUCUUCUUGCGCCUCCUCCGCGACGCCAUCGUUGAGGGAAGGGGCACCGAUGCCGACGGCAGGAUGGACGGCAAGGCGGGAGACAUCAUGAUCCUGCGAUGGUCGGAUGCAAAGCCGUUGGUGGACGAAGCCAAAGCCGAACUAGUAUGA